AUUAAUAAAGUAACAAAUAUUGGAUGUUUUCUAUUACUAUAUAUUAUACACAUAUACUGUGUUUUAUGAUACUGGUAUGAACCAAAUGUGACUAAAAGAACUAUGGUUUUUAUUAGAAAGAUCACAGUCCUACGAUGUUUUGUCAUAUUCUGCGGAGCAUGUACCCUAUAUAUGUUUCUACAUGUGCUAGAUAUGCCAGUUCUUACAGAUUUUGAUAUCCGAGGAAUGCCAGUUUCACGAAAGACUUCAAAUGCUAUGGAAAUACCUCAGACACGUGCCUCAUAUACGAAGAAGAGUAAGGACUCUACAGCAAGAAAUGUUAAACAAAAUGAAGCGGAUCACCUGCAAUAUGUGAAGCAAAAUGAAGUAGAUCACCUGCAAUAUGUGAAGCAAAAUGAAUAUAAUCAGACUUAUGUGAAAUAUAAUAAAUAUUAUCGCCUAAUUGAAACAUUAUCUUCAGUAGAGAUAGUUGAUAACAGUGAAGUUUCUUUAUCAAGAGGAUGGUGGUUUAUCAAGGAGGAAUACUGGACGAAAUAUACGGACUGUGCCAAUGGGAGCUGUAAGAUUGCCUUUGCAGUGCAAUGCUUAUCCAAACUUCGUGCUCUAUACCAGUAUCUCCCAAUUUUACAAACUGCCCCAAUAAGAGGAGUGUAUUUCUCUGUGAAUAGUUUUAACAAGAUAUUGAUGAAACAGGAUAACCCUUUUGGGCAUCAGUACACAGCAAUGGCAUUAUUAAAAUUUACUGAUGGAUCAAAUCAUACAAUCCAGUUACAGUUUUCACCACAAGAAGGCCAUCAACAGCAGAAUGAUGUUUACAUGUUGCCUAAAGACAAAGCUCCUCUCUCAAGCAUAUCUCUGAGUCUUGCAUGUGCUGGAUAUAAGGGACCUGUCUCGUUUAUGGAUGUCAAUCUAUCACCAAUUGUAGAUGAUGUCACAAUGCAGAGUGAUCCGAAGGUUAAUGAUUUCAUCGCAAAAUGUCCAGAGCAAGCCCCAGUUCCAAAUAUUGCGACAUUUAGAUUUAGACAGUUAACAUUGAAUCAUCAUAUCAUUAGCCUUGCAAAUGACAUCACUCUUGUGACACAAGUCUCUGCUGAUAGACUGUAUAUGUUAAAUGAUGUCCUUCCUUACUGGGAUGGCCCAGUUUCCAUAGCAAUCUACAUUCCUGCAUCUCCAGCUGGCAAACCAAUAUAUGAUGAUGAGUAUAUAAUUCAUAAGCUCAAAAAUCUUACACAGAGGUGUGAAAUCACAAUUUUGUACGGAGCAUUCUGUAAUGAAAAGUAUCCAAUUAAUACAUUGAGAAAUCAUGCAAUACGUCAUGUACAAUCUGAAUAUCUACUAUUAUCAGAUGCUGAUUUUUUACCAUCACUUAACUUUCAAAGACAUGCCAAAUCAGAGAUAAAUCGAUUAAAAUUUGUCCUAGAUCUUAAUGAUAAUUCUUAUACUACAGAUAUGGAUAGAACUGCACUUGUAGCACCAGCCUUUGAGUAUUUGAAAAACCCAUUCAAAUCAAACAACCUAGCAAAAUCAAAAGUAGAGCUUAGUCAAUUAUACAAAAACCAAUCUCAAAUUAGAAUAUUCAAUGGUGUAUGGUCUGAAAACCACAAAGCAACGGACUAUGAAAAAUGGUUUGAAACAAGUUAUUCAUACGAAGUGACAGAUUAUCAAAUUAAAUAUGAACCUUAUGUUGUAUUAAGAAAACACAGCCAGCUUCCUUUAUAUGAUGAACGUUUUGUUGGGUACGGAAUGAAUAAAGUAAGUUAUCUGAUGGAGUUAAAAGCUGCUGGGUACACAUUUAUUGUGCUCCCUAAUUGCUGGGUGUCUCAUAUACCUCAUGAGAAAACUAAUAACAAUCAGGAGUUCUCUUAUGAUGCAGUAGCUAGACUCAAAAAUAGAGUAUUAAGAUAUGAGUUUAUGGCAGAUUAUACAAGAAAGUAUGAGAUUGGAGGGUGUUCUGAACCUGAACAUGGAGAUGAUUCAUAAAUUGCCAUGUAACUUUUCAUCAGGUAACCAUGGUAUCUCAGAAUGAUGUAUAUAUACUUUACAUAUAUGUUUUUUAGCAUUUUAAAUUAUCUGAUGGUAUCAUCUUGCAAAUAUAUAAUUUUAUCCAAUGGAUACUAAAUAUUAAUGGGGAUAAUGACAAAAGAUAAUUUUGGUAUGCGCCAUUAAAAUCGUAUCCAACUCAUAUGACAAUGACAUCUUACAAAUAGUAUCAGUCGGAUACCAGUUUUCAUUAGUUUUGAAUUUGGCGCAAAAUAACCACUUGUCUGUUUGAUCGGCAACAAUAUAGUUCCAAGAUUAUGUGCUCAGUAAAAAUGAGUUAAAUUAUUUCAUGCAAUUAUUUUGUAAAAAUGAGCUCACAGAAAAUAAAAUGAAAAAAUUAGAAAAGAAUUAGAAAACAAGAUUCAAAAGGAAGCUUAUUGCAUGCAUGUUGGAACAAACUUUUAUUAAUCAUUUAAUAAAAGAAAAAAUGAAGUCCUAUGUAGGAUAUGGACAUGCAAAGAGCUAAAGAACUGAAUACUCUCAAAGAAAAAUAUUUAAACUUGUACAAAAAUUCAUACUUUUGGAAAUAGAGGGGAGAACAUAUUUAUUUGAUACCCUGUACAUGCAAAAUUAAAUCUGAA